UAUCAUAACGAUGUUAACUACAAGGACCACAGACAACCACAAUUCAAAAUUCAAUAACAUAAUAGCAAAUUCGCUACAUAUUAGCUAUUGAUGACUUUAAUUUCUUUUGAUUUUCAGAUUGCUCCUAUGCUAUUUCAAGGAUUUUCAAUCAUUCCAUACCUGACUCAAAUUUCCUAUAUGAGGAUGGAUGGUCUCUUCUUCUCAUACUACAUUGACAAAAACCAAACUUUUGCAGUUUAUGCUAACUUUAACUUCACUGCCAAUGUCCAUCCUCAUCCAAGAAGGGAAUACAGUUGGUUCACUCAAUUGGUAAACUCUAGCACAGGAGAAUUAUAUGGGAAUAUGGCUAAGACCCUCCCCUUGGUUACUAGCAACGUGAGUUGGUUUCGAGAUGCCUCGAAUAGUAACCAGGGAUGUGCCUCCAUAGGGACAAAAUGGAGCUCGGACCGUGAACGCUUGUUCCUCAACACGGUUAGAGUUAAUGGGAGUAGUGGAGUUGUCUCCUUCGGAUUUUCGAUCAAAGCAUUGAUCGGCCUUUUCUCAAUGGGCACCCAACGUCAAGGAAGGAGAUUGUAUCUGGCGACCAGGGAAGGAGAGAUUCUUGUCCAAGGGUUUCAGAACAUUAAGAUGAUUAUUGCUGAUGGUUUGGCUUCAUUUCAAUUGAUGAAGCCAAAUGGCGAUCAAAUUUCUCUAAUCGGGAACAUCUCGUGCCUGCAUAGAAAAGAAGCUUUUGAUGCAAAUGCUCCUUUUUUUAAUCUUUUGGGCACAAACUAUAUGAUAUAUUGCUCUCCACUUGAGAUAAUGGGUGUGCAGUUGCUCCUACCUAUGUUCUUAUUUCAGGUCUAUGCAUUAGUAUUGCCUCAAGAAGAGCUAGCCAGCAUUGUCCACAGGAGUAGCAGAUUGGCACUAAUUCUCCUCAUACUAAUAAUGACUACCACAGUUAUCUCCAUUUUUGGUUUUGUGUUCAUAGUCAUUAGAGCAGCAAAAAGAGAGAUGCAUUUAUGUGCCAGACUCAUACAACAAAUGGAAGCAACUCAACAGGCAGAGAGAAAAAGUAUGAACAAAAGCACUGCUUUUACGAGAGCGAGCCACGACAUUCGCGCUUCUUUGGCAGGCAUUACUGGUUUGAUUGAGAUAUGUCACAAUGAAGCUGCCCCGGGUUCAGAGUUAGACAUAAACCUCAAACAUAUGGAUAAUUGUACAAAGGACCUACUGGGCAUAUUGAACUCUAUCCUGGAUACAAGCAAGAUUGAAGCAGGAAAAAUACAGCUUGAGGAAGAAGAAUUUCAUUUGGGUCAACUUCUUGAGGAUGUGGUAGAUUUGUAUCAUCCAGUGGGUAUGAAGAAAGGAAUAGACAUAGUGUUAGAUCCUUGUGAUGGCUCGGUUAUCAAGUUUUCUCAAGUGAAGGGUGAUAGGGGAAAGCUUAAACAAGUGUUGAGCAAUUUAUUGAGUAAUGCUGUUAAAUUCACUUAUGAAGGGCAUGUAACCGUUCGAGCGUGGGUCAGGAAUUUACCUGAGACUCAGAAUAAGAUGGUCGCUUCUGAUCAAAAUGGUGAAAUAAUGAAGCACUUAUCCUUCUUGUUAUGCAAGAACACACAAAUAUUUCGAGACCAGCCAGCCACGGAUAAUGGAGUUAAUCUUAAUCCUGAUCGUAUGGAAUUUACAUUUGAGAUCGAUGACACAGGGAAAGGCAUUCCCAAAGAGAAGCGGCAAUUGGUUUUCGAGAACUACGUCCAAGUCAAAGAAACAGCUUUAGGACAAGGAGGAACUGGCUUGGGACUUGGCAUUGUUCAAUCUCUGGUACGCUUGAUGGGAGGAGAUAUAGCAAUUUUAGACAAAGAGAUUGGAGAAAAGGGAACAUGCUUCAGAUUCAGUGUUAUUCUUACUGUCUCAGAGGGAAACAUCAACUCCGGUGGUAACACGCGUCAAUCAUCCCCUACCUCGAGACUUACUUUUCAGGCUCCUAGUCCAAGUCUCCAUUCACCCAGAGCAAUCCGAACUACUAGUUCAAAACCUGAGACAUCUCGUGUCAUUCUCUUAAUUCGAAAUGAUCAACGAAGAAUGAUAUGCAAGAAAUUCAUGGAAAGUCUUGGUGUGAAAGUAUUGGCAAUGAAACAACGGGAGCAACUCCUUGACACUCUACAGAAGAUAUUGGGGAAACAAAGCCAUUCAAGACACGACUCAAGAGGAAGGUCAGAAAAUAGUUCACCAAAUGACUUCCUGAGCAAAUCAACAUCUGGUGACUCCCGCAAUGGGAUGAAUAUGGAUGUUUCUUUGGGUGCAAUGAAAGACGAGACAAAUUACUUGCUUUCUGUAUUCAAAAAGACUAAUCUCAGAUGUGGAAUUAGCUUCAUCUUGAUUGUAAUUGAUGCCAGUGCAGGACCAUUUAGGGAAAUAUCAAAUAUGGUGGCUAAUUUUAGAAGAAGACUUCAAGGUUCCUAUUGCAAAGUUGUUUGGCUGUUGGAGAAUCAAAUGUUAUGGAUCAACCACAAGGGGCUAGAGACGAAUGAUGUUGUUAUAUCUAGACCUUUUCAUGGUUCUCGUUUGUAUGAAGUGAUAAGACAUCUUCCAGAGUUUGGAGGUACAAUACAAAGCAGAGAAGGUAGUAUAUUAUGCCAGGGUGAGAAUGUUUCAAAAGAUUCAAGUUCAUCACUAUUCCAAAAUCAUGGAAAGACCAAGGUGGGGAGUUCUCCAAUUUUAGAAGGACAAAUUGCAAUGCCAUUGAAUCAAAAUUAUUCUCGUUCAGUCUCAAAGUCGAGAAUUUCUUGGUUGGCAAAAAACCAAGAAACUAGAGAAGACAAAUCUGAAAACUUGAGCGGCGAAAAACCUCUAACUGGGAAGAAAAUCUUGGUUGCAGAGGACAAUACAGUGUUACAAAUGAUAGUUACACUGACACUAAGCAAUCUUGGUGCAACUAUUGAGAUAUGUGAAAACGGAGAGGAAGCUUUGGAGCUUGUUUCCAAUGGCUUGGGCAAUCAACGGAAACAUGCUGCUUCAAAUACUCUUCCUUACGAUUACAUACUAAUGGACUGUGAGAUGCCAAUAAUGGAUGGAUAUGAAGCAACUAGACAGAUAAGGAAGUUGGAGAGAAAUUACAACACCCACAUUCCAAUCAUUGCACUGACUGCCCAUACAACAGGAGAAGCAAGAAGGACAAUGGAGGCUGGAAUGGAUCUGCAUUUAGGCAAACCACUGGUAGAAAAGGACCUCCUAGAAGCCAUUACAUGUAUCCAUAGUAAAUAAUGUUUUACUUUCUUCGUGCAGAUUAAACUAAAAUCUCAGCAAUUUCAUAUGGUAUAAGAUUUUUUUGAAACUA